GCCAUUUUAUAUAGCGAUGACAUAAUUUAGGGAAAUAUAGACAAUUUAGAGCACUGAUUGUUAAUUAGUGUUGACCAAAUAAUAAGGUGUGUCAGGUUGUAUAAAUUACAAUAAAGCUGGACGGUCACCUCGUACAAUUGUACGGUGGGGUUCGGCGCGGCUGGGGGAGCCAUGAGUGAUGUGGAUUGGGAUGACGAAAGUGCCGACAGCUCCUCCAGCAGUGAAUCGGGCUCCGAAAGUGAUGCCAGCGAUCAGCCAAAGGAAAAACAGUUCUCUGUGCAACACACAAACUUUGAUGAGGGCCAGUUAAAAUUGAGAAUAACCUGUACUGGACACAGAAAGUUAUCGUCCAAACAGAAACCUACUCCUGAGAGUCCAUGCUUCAAGACACCUUUCCUUCGAGACAAGGCAUUGGUGGAUAAACUUGCAAGCACAUCAUCACAAAAUAAUUUGCAGAGUAUAACUGAAGAGACAACAUCGUCCAUCCAGCAGAAGACAUCAUAUGCCCGUUUUGAAGGAUACGUGGAUGAUGCUGUAUUUUUGAUGGAAUCGGAUUUGGGACACGCUGAAGACCACCGUUCAUCAUCAGGCCUGACCGACAACCAGGGGACAGUUGAUGCACCUGAAGUCUGCCAGUCGCCUGAUAAAAACAUAACCAGCAAGCCUUUAAAAGGUGUUGGCAAGGACAAUCUCUCUGGUAAAAGUUCUCGAAUAAACAGUGAAGUUGAUUCUGGAACGGAAAGUAAAGUUUACUCCGACUCUGAACGCGAGUCGGUAGGGGGAGACUGCACGACAGACACAGAGUCUUCUCGGAUCAAUGAUGCUAUCAGUAUUCCCUCUAGUUCGCAACAUAGCUAUUUCUCAACCGAUGACGAAGGUGAUGACAAAUACCAACAGAAGGCAAAACGGAUAAAGCUAACCACAACAGUACACUCUGAACAGCUCCUCAAGCUCGACACCAUGUCUAAUGUGUCCCCCGAUAGUGGCAUUCAGUCAAUUGGGGGUUCGCCUUCAGGAAACGAAUCUCCGAAUUCAGUCACCAAUGGUGAGCAUUUAUCAUCAGAAAACCAGUCAUCUGAACAGAGAAAAGUUGAUGGUGUACAAACUAGCUCCUCACAAGAUAUUGUUUCACAGCCAGUGCCAGUAUUGGAUAAAGUUUCUGAACCAAGUACAAGUCUUGAAACUGUUUUCAGUGAAGUUGUGAAGCCUGUUUCCUCGGGCAAGAGGAAGCGUGGUCGGCCUCCAAAAAGAAAGUUUGCUUUUCUUCAGCACAGGAAAAGUAAAUUGUACAAUAUGGAUGCUACAACAAAUGAAACUGUUGUUGAUUAUGCAGAGCCCAUCACACAUGAUGCCCCUGAACAAAAUGUGCAGUUUGAAGAAAACUGUAUCUUGUCCAGUAAGCCUUUCUCGUUGAGUGAACAAGUGCAGGAAUCUCAAACAAGUGUUUAUGACUGGCAUGAGACCGAUGAUGCCAGGAGUAGAGUGAUAACUGAUAACAAUAACACAUCUGAAAACACUACGUCAUCGGUAAUAAAACAGAAUACCCAUGAGUCCACCAGUUUGCCAGUGGCAGUAAAGUCAAAUAGCAAGAAAUUGUUGAAUUCUAGCAAAAAGUCAUUGCAGAAACGGUCCAAUGAAGUCGUGAGUCGGAAAGUGUACGAUAAAAGACCACUUACAAAUAAGAAUAUUAUUAGUGACUGCAAAAGAAAGAAAAGUGAAAAGCAUGUGGAAAGGACUUCAUUGUUCGACUUGGAUAUAAUGCAGAUAGGCGAAUCAAGUUGUUCACUGAAAGAAGUUUGUAAAGACCCAGCUAAAAUCAGUAGUUCUAAAGUAAUGAACACAAGUUCCAUAGAAACCACUUCAGCGUAUACAAGUAUUAAGGAACGUCCGACUCAAAAACCAUCUGGUUUUGAGAAAAGACGUCCUGGGCGACCAAAAGGCUCGCCCAAUAAAUCAACUAUUCUGAAGCAGUUGGGUCUUAUUCCCGAUAAACUUCAUACUGUAAAGAAAAUUAGUAGUUCUCAUCUGAAAAAGACUGGCGUGAGAGCAAUGAAGAAGCUAGAAAAAUUAAAAAAGACUAAAAUUAAGCUGAAGAGAGGCCCUGGUAGACCACCCACAAAGUUACAAACGAAGCCUCCUAAGUGCAUAGGUGUGAAAACGUUUGUAAGAAAGAAGCCAUUUAUGAAAAAAGUUGCAGAAAGAAGAAUGGGUUCAACGUUAAAAGCUGAUGAUGCUCAGCCAAAACGUAAACCUGGGCGUCCUCGCAAGCAUCCCAUAAACCUGAAUCAAACGCAAAGCAAUAUAUUGUUUGCAGUGGGUGAGUCCGAGUUUGGUUCAAAACCAAAAGUCGGAGAACGGCUCUCCCCUUCUGGGAGUGAGUUUGAUACUUUAAUUCAGAGUGUCCAAGACUCUAUCAAUUCACAGUUUCAAGUGAGAGAAAGCGACCAUGAUGAAAUUCAUGAUCUUCCACUUGAAGACAGCCUCGGUGCUAUUGAGCCAACCUUAACCACAGGAUCAUCUGAGAUGUCAAUGCCAUCAAAGGAAUCCAAACCAAAACCUAAGAUUCGCAAACCGAAACUUCACGUUAUGAUGAGAAAGCACAAGAAACGUAGAAGAAAGAAAUUGUCCAAAGCGCCUGCCGACACAUUUGCCAAAUCCAGCUCCGAGCAACUUUCUCGUCCUCUGGCAGUCUCAACGUCAAGUGCGGAAACAACACCAAAAUCCACUAAUAAGUCAUCUCCAUCUAGCAUUUUUCAGUCUACAGGAUCCCUGUCGCUGCCAAAUUUCCCCUUUGCAUCACCAGUAGCACCAUCUGCAUCUUCUGCUUCAUUUGGAUCAAAAUUUCAACAAAUGGGAUCCUUUUCUGGAACCCCUUUCUUUGGAACCGAUCGGAUGUUCAAAGGUUUCCAGUCUUCAAAAAUGCUGAAAACGCAGUCUGGUCUCGGAAUAGUUUCACCGGGAUCAUUUAGAACACCUUCGGAUGGAAUGGAUGAUUUUGGUAAAUUGGUGGAUAAGAGGAAGAAGAAAAAGAAACUGCUGUAUUUUAAGUCGAAGCACAAGAACAUUGUAGACCCAAUGUUCUUAUCAGACUUUGAAACAAUACUUCAAGACCUCAAUGGCAUGGCGAUUGCCGAACAUCCAGGAGACAACUUCAUCCGUGUCCGGCCCGGAGAGGUCUUGCUACCCAGCAUAUUUAGACUGACAAAGAUAAAUGUAAAGAAAAAGAAAAAAGACAAGCUGAUCAUGGAAAAACCAAAGAAGAAAAAGUCCUCCAAAGAUCAAAUGCUUUUUAAAGAUAUUCCUUUACCUCUGGAAAAACCGAGAGGCCCAAAGAAGAAGAGUGUGAGUGUGCUGGAUGACCAGGAACCUCCCAUUCUAGAAAGGCAGAUCACAACCCAGCAGUGCUUGCCUCCCAAGAAGAGACACAAACUCAUGAACUUGACGUCUUCACUGCAAGCACCGACAUUGGAACCUGUACCAGGGAGUCCUGUUACAGAGAAACGCAAACCUGGACGUCCGAGAAAACAUCCAGUGUUAGUUCAACAGAACAAUGGUGCUGAUAAAAUUGUGUUCACCCAGCUCGCAUCAAAGGCAUGUACACAGCCAUUGGAUGUAGGUAUUCCUCACGACCAUGACCUAUCUUCCAGUUCAUCUACAACAUCUUACCCAUCGCCCCCAAUCCUUGACAUUACAUCAAUAGAUGGUGCUUCCAGUACUGACACUUCAUCCCUCCAGUCCCCGCAUUCAAAGGCAGCAAAGACUUCAAAGCUCUCCCAUAGUGCUAGUAAACCUCAGUCAUUAGUAACCCACGUAAUUAAGAGACCUGCUUUUAAGAAGCGCAAGUUAAAACUGAACAAAACAGGACGGAAAAGAAAGAUAAGUCUGAGUGACAGAAAGUUAAAAAUUAGAUCUUGUGGAAACGCGGAAUCUAAGAAUGGAAUCUCCAAAGACAUUUGUGUGAAUUCAUCAAAUGCUGAAGCUGUGAUUAUGUCGCCUGACAGUACUGACAUGUGCAAUACAUCUCCGGACAAUGUUUGUAAUAUAAUUGAUUCUGUGAUACAAAAAGCGUGUGACAAGCAGGAGUCGUUGCCUCAUAAACGACGGAAAAGGAAAAUAUUAUUUCGAAGGAAUCUCCGAACAAAACCGAUUGAUCUUGAUGAUUCUAGUGUUUCAUCAAGCAGCCUCUCAGGUGAAUGUGAUAGUUCCGAUGAAAUAGGUCCACCCAUUGUACGAAGAUUUACCGAUCCUGCCAAUCCUCCCAGGAAGCGCUACCAAAGAGUUGGUCUGUUCUCGGACUUCUACAAAGAGGAUGAUCCUCGAAAGCAUUCAGAAAACAAUUCCAGGGCCAAAGAUCGCCUGGUGUUUAAUCCUGCAGACUUCACUCGUGGCUUCUUGCCGCCACCACUUCAUGUUGACGACUACCUUCGUCACCGAGAAGUCGACUUCCAGCUGCCAUUUGAUCUCUGGUGGAUGCAUAAUUAUAAUCUGCUGCCCAAAAAAGAAGAGCCAAGAGCAAAAUUCAAGAAAAUUAGAAACAAUGUUUACUAUGAUUACAAGCCGACAAAUAGACCAGAACCCCAGUCAUGCUCAUGCAAAAACCCACCCGAGAAGGAAAAGGCUUGUGGGGAGGAUUGUCUGAACAGGAUGAUAUACACCGAGUGUACACCAAACACGUGUCCGUGGAAUGAAAAGUGUUCCAACCAGAGGUUUCAGCGACACGAGUGGGCACCUGACCUGGAGCUCUUUGAAACUCAGGAUAGAGGGUAUGGAGUCCUCACACACCAACCCAUUGAAGCAGGCAGUUUCAUUGUUGAGUACACAGGAGAGGUGGUGAGCGAGCAGGAGUUCCGUCGCCGCAUGUCGGAGGAGUACUCGGGCGAGCACCACCACUACUGUUUGAACUUGGACCGGGGAGCAGUCAUCGACGGCUACAGGAUGGGCAACCUGUGUCGGUUUGUCAAUCACUUCUGUGAACCCAACUGUGAGAUACAAAAGUGGAAUGCAAAUGGCUUGUACCGAAUGGGAUUAUUUGCCUUGAGAGAUAUUAAACCAGGGGAAGAACUGGGAUACGACUACAAUUUUAAGGUGUUCAAUCUAGAAGCUCAGCAAACGUGUAAGUGUGGCAGUAAAAAGUGCCGAGGAGUGAUUGGAGGUAAAGCUCAACGCAGUGGUCAGGUGAGAGAGAAGCUGCCCUCUGGUCCUCGCCCUGGUGGGAGGCCUAAGGAAAACGCUAAAGACAAACGAAAGUCAAUUAACAGGUUAAAGAGUGAUCACCAAAAGACAAAACAUCAAGGUGAUUCAAUGAGCUUAUCCCGAUCUUGUGCCCAGUCCCUGUUGAAGCCGAUGUCGAACAGAGAGCGCUGUUAUGCACGGAAACACUGCAUCUUCUUGGUGCGGAACAUUGACAAGGUGCGCGAGAAGAAGACGAGUCCACCGGAGUGUAGCGGUGACAGCCGGUCCGAUGUGCUCAAAGAGAUGUCUGUGAUGAAACCAGACAUGUUCCUUACACAGCUCAGCGAUAGGUCGGUGAAAACAAGGUUGGCAUCAUUUACUGAAGAUAAUCCAGAGCUUCAUAGACGUUACAAGAUCGUGAAGAUAUUCCAGAAAAUGGUGGAGUCCAUCACCACUUACAAAGAUGAGGAUGGUUAUCUGAUUGCUACCCCACUAAUGUCCCUUCCGUCGAGGAGAAAACAUCCGGAAUACUACAAGGUGAUAGAGGACCCUAUUGAUCUGGCAACAAUCUGCAGAGACAUUAAUAAAGGAAGAUACACACACCUCGAAAACGUCGACUCUGAAAUACUCAGACUUUUUAAGAAUGUUGAGUUGUACUGUGGAAAGAGGUCGGAGAUGGGACGUACUAUCCAGCGUUUGCGGAAAGCUUAUCAUGCUGCCAAGGUUGAUGCGAUGCACGAGCUUGAGAAACUUGAUGGAGACGUCCAGGUACAGAGUGUUCCAGUAGAGACAGAAGCUGGCGAUCUGCCGGAAAUCAAAGAGCCAGCCGAGGAAGAGGAGGAGGAGGAAGUGAUACGCUGUAUCUGUGGAGUCUUCAGAGACGAGGGACUCAUGAUAAUGUGCGAGAAGUGCUCUAUCUGGCAGCACUGUGACUGUGUGGGUGUUGGGGGUGAUGUGGAACACUACCUCUGUGACCAGUGUGAACCCAGGCAUUAUGACAAGGAAAUAAUUCUGGUGCCACAACCCGAUGACGGAGAACCCGACUGCACGUACUACAUGACACUGAUGCGAGACGACAUGCAGAUCGCUGUGGGCGAGUGUGUGUACAUCAUGCGCGACUACAAGCAGAGUUCUAAAGGAAUCCCGGUCCGCACCUCGUAUAGACUGAUGUCGACCGUCAGUCCUGACAAACUGGACAUCUUCAGAAUAGAGGAGCUGUGGAUGAACAAAGACAAAGAAAAGUAUGCUCUGGGUCAUGCCUACCUCCGACCUCAUGAAACAUUUCAUGAACCAUCUCGGAAGUUUUUUCCCAAUGAGGUAUUCCGCUCUCCGUCAUUUGAGAUAAUUCCCCUUGAGGCGAUAGUUGGGCUGGCCUGUGUCAUGGAUCUGUACACGUACUGCAAGGGACGGCCCAAGAACAUGAAGCCACAAGAUUGUUACAUCUGCGAAUACAGAGUUGAUAAAACCGCUCACCUUUUCUUCAAGAUUGCUAGACACAGGUAUCCCAUCAACACAAAAAGUUACUGUUUUGAGAGAUAUGAGCAAAAACUGGUUCCAAAGAGAAAUUAUCUGCCACAUGUAGUCCCAGAACAGUAUAUCACCAAGCGAAGAGGACCGCAUGAGAAACACCAGUCUGAUAGCAGUUCUGGUCAAGGAACAAAGAAAGAUGAAGGUCACAGUGAGAAGACUGUUCGACCUGGCAGACCCGAGAAAAACGACCAGACAGACAAAACGGAAUGUAUCGACGAAAAUUCUGACACAGAAUCUGAAGAAGACUUGCCUUUAAUCAAAGUGCGCGAAGAGAAGAAAAAGGAGAAAAGAGACCAUUUGAACAAGAUUCUACUUAAAAUGCUUGCAAAUAUUCCUGGCAAACAAAAGAUUGACAUUUCCUACUUACUUGAAGAGGGCUCAGGAAAACGUCCAAGAAAGAAAACGCUGACACACUUCUGAAGACAGAACACGCGCUUGUUCGUGUCUGUAUGCAGUCAUAACCUGUGAUGACUGCCAUGGAUUUAGUGCUGUGAAAUUGUGCCAUUGAAGUCUGUUACCUCCAUGGAGAUAUAUUAGUACUUACUUCAAAAUAUACACUUGUAUGGUUUAAAAAAACAACAAAAAUGAAAUUUAAGAUGUGUUCUCAUAAAAAUUUGUGAAUAUACAUAUAUAUAUAUUGUUUUCUUGAUUACUAACAUUUUGUAAAUCAUAUUUGAUUAAGCAGGAGAACCGGACAGUAUUUGAGUUUUGCUCAGUUCCUUUAAAUGACAAAGAAAAAGAGAAAAAUGGCUUGCUUACAGAUUCAUUAUAGCAAACUGCAUAUGGUGCUUUAAAACAAGUGUUUAGUUUUACGUUAAGUGCUGUUUUCAUUUGUUGGUAUCUGUUAUUGUUUUUUUUUAAAAACAAAAUUAAAAAUUGACAGUACAUUGAAGUUUUGUUGAUGUUUAUUAACAUUCAAGCUGAAAGAGUGAACAAAAUAAUUAGGGCAGUAAACAUUUAUCCAAUAUGAAACUUAAAUAGUUUUUUACAGAUUUUGUUCUGCACAUUGAAGAUAUGUAUGUGGGUUUUUGUUUUACCCUUGAAGUAAUUAUUAAAAUAAUUUACUGUUAAGUUGUGGGUCUUUUGCAAGAACAUUUAUAUAACUCGUUAAGAAAAAUAGUGAAAUUAAACUGAAACAGAUGGUAGAAAUAUGCAUAAUAUACUUGUAAUAUUUGGUUGUGACAUUUUUACCAGCUUUAUUUGUUCACUUUGUUACAGUUUGUGAUGAAUACCCCAAAAUUUACAUCCAUAUAUUUUAUCCUAGUAUUAUAGAGGUCAGAUAAGACUAAAGAUGGACUAGUUCAGUUAGGGUAAACAAUGAAGUAAAUGAAACAAAAUUAUUCGUUGAAACAAUUUUACGUUUGUUAAUUUAUUACAGAGCAAAGCUUUUGCAAUUUAAUAAUACUCAACUGGAUGCAAUUGAAUUUGUGAGUUUUAAGUGUUCAUUAAUCACUGCUGUGAAGAUAUCUUGCAGAACAAAAUUAGUGUCUUGCAGAACAAAAUUAGUUUCAAGAUCACAUUAAAAAUAUAAUACACUUGUUGAUUGUUUAAAUUCUAAAAGCAAAAUCAGUCAUUAGCAUGUUUAAAUGAUAACCUUUCUUUUGUGAUGGUUACUAAAAGUUUACAAAAAAAGCCUGAUAGUAAAUUAUUUCUGAUCUUGUCUUGUUCUGUUAUUAGAUGGUAUGGUUGUGGUUUUUUGUUGUUCAUCUUGGAAAAAUCUUCAUGAUAAAAAUUCAACCUAAAGUUGUCUAUUGUAAGAAGACAAUACGCAGAUUUUGUUGUUGUUAAUUUUGGUAUAAAUACCAAUCUACUGUAAUACCAAUCAUUUCACACAGCAUGUUCCACACAUUAGUACAUUACAUUACUAAUUCACAAUACUACCAAUAGUAUGUUUCUAUAUUUUGUUUUACUCCAAUACCUAUUGUGUGAUCCGAUUCAAUUUUGACAGUUUGAUGUGUCAAAGAGCUGUUUAUAAUUUAUAUGCUAGCGGCUAGAAUACUAGAUAUAUGGGGAAAUUUAAGCAGUGAUCAUAUAAUUAUUUGCUUUCAUUUAAAAAGAAAAGAAGAAAAAAGAUUUGAGUGAAAGAAACAACAGUCUUCUAAUAGGAAUCACAUGAACAGUGAGCAUGUAUAAAGAUAUACCCGUGCACAUGCAUGCAUACAUUGAGCUUUAAGGAGUGUUAUUCACAAAACUGAUUUGUUAAGCCUAGAUCACAUUAUACUAUGCGACGCAACUCCGCUCAACUCAACUGUCACAUUGUGUAUUGAAAAAACACUCAUUUAGGACCGAUAUUUGGUCGGGCUGUCAGCAUUUGAUAAGACCGAACAUGUAUAGUUUUAACAGUUUGUGGUUCAUAACGCACCCAUCCAGUUGAGUCGCAUUGUCUGAUGUGAUCUUGGCUCAAGUAAACCUAGAAAUUAAAACACUGUAACGUAAACUGUCUUGAGUCAAAAAAAGUUUUGUUACCAAAAAAACUACUAGUUUAUUAUUAUUAAGUGGUGGGGUUAGGUUGGGUUUUUGUAUGUCUUAAUAGCAAAUUCAGUAUCUUUCUGUAUUACCAUGACCAUUAAACUUGAUGCUGGUCAGGUCAAGUCAGUUGGUUUUAUGUAUACAUUCAGAACAAGCUGUUGUAGCACAUGCCUGUCUUAGGUGUAUGUUCUGAACAUUGCCAGCUACUUUGUCCGAGCAGCCCCUACAUUGCCACCGAUUUGGUCGCACAUGUGACCUUCUUUUUUUUCACUUGGCAACUAAAACAUUUCAUACAUCUAUAUAAAAAAUAGAAGUAUGUGCCAUCUGGCUCUUAGGUGGAAAAGUUAACGUAAAGGGCUGCCAAGACGGGAAAGGUUUUGUGGAGGGAAAAGCUGGUCAAGCAGUUCUCUCCUUAAAAACUAUAAGAAAAACUGACACUAACAUUCUGUUUUUGUAUCAUUUAAAAUAUAUCUGUUGAAAGCAAUGUUUAAAAUAAACUGCCAAUAAUAAUCAGAUUCAGUAGGUUUGCUAUAUUGCAAAAAAUUAAUAUGCUGACCACUAGAUUUUCUUUAAAACUUCUUGAUGAAACCGAUAUCAUUUACUGUACGUGAUGUUAAAAAUGUGGUCCAUUAUUGCUAUAUUACAAAAACAAAUAUGAUGAAUUUUAGAUUUUCUUAAAAACUUCUAAAGAAAACCUAUAUCAUUUAUAGGUCAUUAAAAAGGUUUUUUAAAAACAGAAUGAAAUAUGAUCCAUUAUUGCUAUGGUACCGAGAUUGUUACUAGGAUGAACAAAAUAACUGUUCUGCAAUCUCUCUCAUUGUUUUUGAUAGUGUUGUGAAGCCAAUUUGUGAAGUUAUACAACCAUAUUAUGCUGUAAUUAUCUGUAUUUAUUUAUUGAUAACCAACAGGAGAAGAAAUACAACUUUAUAAAAACAAUGCAUUUUAAAUGAUCGUUAUAUUUAUCUGAAUCUUAAUAUUAAUCUUUAGAUAGUUUAGCUGGACCUCUUUUUCAGGAGUAGCAUUGUCAUCAAAGUAUUGUUAUACUUUUAGAGAAAUAAUUUUGUUAGAAUGAACUGGAUUUUCAGCUGUAAUACUUCAAAAAUACAGUACAUUACACUAAAAUAAUGGGAAUAUUGAAUUCUACCGUGUUCAGAUGAAAAGAGCUAUACUUCUAGAAUGUUACUACAUAAAUAACAAUCUGAUUGUUUAUAUAGUUUUUAAGACUACAGAGUGAACCUCAUGUAGUUUGUUGAUUUUUUUUGAUUUUUUAAUUAUUAUUUAUUGAUGUUUUGAUUUUAUUAUCUUUGUACACAAUUUUUAAAGGGUAUUUUCCAGCCAAUAAUGGAAACCAAGUUCAUUUUAUUUAAAUUCACUAUAUUGUGUUCUUCAAAAACGUUUUUGAAAAUACAGUUUACUUAUAUCUUCCUGUUUUAAAUGGUGUGUUCAUUGCUUUUAAAUAAAUUAUUCUUUUUAAAACUUCAGACAUAUUUUAGGUUUCUAUACAUUUCUAUAUUUAUAUGAAUUAAUUUUCAGUUUCCAUAGGGAUGGGGGUGUAAUAGUAGCAAGUGAUGACACUUGAAUAAUUGUUUUUAACUUAAAAGUGUUCUUUUGAACAGAAAUCUAUUUAACUUUGUACAAUGUCUGAUAAAUCUCGGAAGGCCAAUGCUGUACAAAUUGGUUAGACAGAUUUGCUGUUUAAAUUCUUUCUGAGCAUUCUGUUGCAGUUUUAUAUUUUCACAGUUUACAUGUUAUAGCGUAAAUAGGGUGACCAAAGAGUAACUUGUGUAUAACUUAUUCCUUUUUUUUUCUUUCUUUUUUUUAUGGCAAGUGCAAUGUUUUAACAUGUUGCUUUAUAUGAAAUAUUACAUUUCUUUGUUAUUUGUACAGUUUUAACAUAUCUUGUUAACUUUAAUUGGUUACAAAGUAAAACAAGACACGAGAUAAAUUUUUACAUUUUUAUUUUUUACACUAAUCCUUGAUGUCAGUUUACGGUGGAAGUUAUAUUUAUGCUUAACCAAACAAUGAAGUAGUAUACGGCAUGGCAGCAUAUUCUUGUUUGCAAUUUGUUUCUCAAAUGCUGAAAUGAUGCCAAUCUAAAGCAGAUGUAAAAACAUUGUGUGCUGUAGCUUGCUUAAGCGGUUUUCUCAUUAUGCGAUUAGUCGCAUUGACUUGUUACAUGCGAUUUGUCGUAGCGACUCAAAUCGCGUGUGGGAGGACUUUACGUCAUAAGAUUUGAUGAUGUCAAACAAAUCUCAUCAGUUUAAAAUAUUUUGCGGGAAAUUUAAGUGCCUAUAAAUUUUAACUGAAAUAAAGAAAACACGAAUGUUGACAAUUUACUUCAGGCAUUAUGUAAUUAUUGACCACAUCUGGACAAUAAUAGAUUUUAUGGACCUAUGAAAUCCGGACAUUUUGACAUGUUUAUAAGCAAAGGAAAAAACACGGAAAUGACAAAACUAAAUGGUUGUACUUUAAUGUGAUUUGAUUGGCUGAGAGCUUAUGAUUUGUCAUGAGAAAUAGAACAAGUUCUAAUCGGUACGAUUCCGACACGACUUGUCGUACAAGACUAAAGUUGUUCUGAUUUAGGUGUUCUCACGGUACAAUUCGAUCGCAUGCGACAAGUCUGUACGACUAAUCACGUAAUGAGAACGCCUCUUUAAUAAGAUGUACCAUUGGAGCAUUAUUUUUUUUAUCAAUAAGGGUACGUUCCAUAUAAGAUACUUAAAAAGUGUCUGUAGAAAUGUUGAACAAAAUUUUUAUUUACUCUAGAUCCUACAUCAGCCAUAGCUUAAGGAGGUUACAGUGUUAGGAGAGUUGCUUUUUAAUGUUUAUUAUUAAAUAAACCACAUUUGAAUUUUGUUUUAUGUGGCGAGGAUGUUUAUUUUCGGUCUAGUUGACAUUUAUACUUGUGUACGAGUGUCUUACAUUAAUCAAGAGGUGUGUGUGUGAUGUGCGAGUGAUGCUGUGAGUAUGAGUUUUGUGGUGUGUGUGUGUGAGAAGUGGUGCGAGUUCGAGUUUUGUGUUUUGUGUGUGUGUGUGUGUGUCCUAGAACUUACAGCAUGACUGUCGCCACUGUUCACAAUGACUGAUGAAAUCUAUGCAAGAUGAGGUAGUUCCUCCAUGUGUUGUUGUCCCUAUGUGUAUUGGUCUCAAAUUUGUGUGCCGCUUGUUGUCAUCGUCAUUCUGUUGCUCUCAUGUUCGAUUCGUAUCUCAUGAGCCGGCAUCGUCUGUACAUAACACAGCUGUGAGCUUAACUUAAUUCAACUGUCAUAAUGGGUGGAGAAUAUGAUUCUGUGGCUAACCCAUGUAAAACUGAACUCGCUCAUUACAAAUAGUGUUGUCUUUUUUUUUUUCUCUCUGUUUUUUUCUGACUUUUUUAUAUAUAUAUAUAUUUUUUUUUUUUUUUUUUUUCUGGAAGUUUCUUUCUUCAGGUUCCCCUUCCACAGAGAAAUGUUUUAUUCCAGAAUUCAUAGUUUAACAUUUUUCACAUUCAAAAUUGCAUUUUGGAUGCAUUGUACAAGCUGAGUGUUAAAUAAAGCAGCAUUCUCAUUAUGCGAUUUGUUGCAUAUUUAUUGUUCAGAGACGUAGGACAUGUUCUAAUCGACUUGUCGUAUAACACUAAUGUCGUUCCAAUUUAAGUGUUCUCGCAGUGCAAUUUGAUGGUAUGCGACAAGUCGGUGUGAGUAAUCGCAUAAUGAGAAUUACCCUUGAGCAGUCUCUAAACAACACUUCACUGUGCAGUGUGUUGUAUAGACUGCUGAGUAGUGCUAACUGCAUAUUUUUCAUAAGCGGAUGGAGUUAAUGUAACCAGAACUCUUGUAUGGAAAUGUAGAUGGAUUAAUUCAGUUUGAAAAGUUAGUUGUGCAGAACAUUUGUGAAAAAAAAUGUCAGAUCAUAGUGAAUAUAUUAGGAUUUUUAAUUAAAAAAAAUUGCUGUAACAAAAAAAGGUUGUAGUAAUCAUGAAUGAUGUAUUUUAGUUUUUACCUUGUAGAAACAAUGUUAAAGAUAGAAAAUCAUAGAAUAAAUUUAAUGACAUGUUCCUAUGUGUAAAUUUCACAAAUCAAGUGCAACAUCAAUUUUAGUCCAUGCAAUGUUACUUUUUGAAUGCAAUUUGUAAUAAGUGAUGUCAGCUUUAUUGUAUGUAUGUAUGUAUGUAUGUAUCGAGUAUAUAAUACUCUUAUUGUAUAUAUUUGUAUCCAUUUCCUGUACAUUUUGAUGCUAUUAACAUUAAUCAUAUAAUAUGAAAAGUAUUUUCGCUAGAGUAGAAAUUAGUGUCUUAAUACAAGAUGUGUUGUUUUUCCCCCCCCUCUUCUUCGUUUUCUCCUAAGGACACAAUUGUACAAAGUUUUACCCAGGAUGUUUUAUAUUGGUCUUAUUAAUAUCUCGUUUUUGUGCAUAUAUAAGAAUACCACAUCUGUUUGGAUCCUUUUGGUUGUUCACGCAUCUGUUGCUUCGAUUGUAUUCACUCAUGUUCAGUCGUACCAAAUGUGUUCAAAAGCAGCUAUUACAUUUUGACAAAUUUUCAGGCUGUUGUAGAAUUUCAGUCUGAAUGCAUCUCUUUUAGAUCAAACUAUUUUUAACAAUUUAAUACAUAGAACAAAAGCAUUUUUAAACUGAUGGUGUUUGUUGUUGGGGUGGGGUUUUUUGGGGGGUUGGGAGGGGGUAAAUAUUUGUUUGUAAGUUUCAGCUGGUAAAAAUGUUACUUAGUUUUUAAUGCCUUGAAUCAAGUGUUUUCGUUUGACACCAAGUGAUUCUUACAGUCAUAUCAACAUAACACGUAUCUUACAUUUAUUUUGUUGUUAAAAACUACAUCUGAUGUAGGCUCUUGUUAGUACAGCCAGUUGGAUCUGGUCGAAAUAUGCCUAUUAAAAAAUAAAACAUUUAGGCAAUCUU